UUGGUCCGGGUGGGGAGCGAGGUGGUUUCUCUACCGAGUACGUCGCCGUCGUCGUCGUCGUCGCCGCCGUAGUACUGGUGUAGAAGUAGUAGUAGUAGUCGACGCCGCCGUCGCCCGUCCGACAGUCGCCGUUCUACAUAGCUGGACGUCUGUCGUUCGCCGUUGUCCGUCCUCUUCGCGCGUCGUGAUCAGUGUUGUGUGUCAGUCCUCUCUUCGCAAUAUUUUCGGCACUGGGUCGCGGGUUCCGGCCGGUCCAGACAGAUCUUUUCCGGUCACCCACCGUCGUCUCGCCUGCGACGGUCAGUGGAUUACACGCGUUGACGGACUUUUAAAAAACGGUCCGAUUCGCCUCCCGGUGCGGAUGGACUGACACGCAGUGUGGAAAUCGCAGUGGAGACCAUCUGACGAUAUGGACAGAACUUUAUGGAAGAAUUCAAUAACUUCAUACGCCGGGUGGUUUACUAACUCAUUACGCCGACGAAGAUCCAUAUUAUUUGGACUUAUACUCACCAUACUUCUUUUUGUAGUAUGUGUACAAUACAACGCGUCUAAUGAUAUAGGUAUCCAAAACAUCCAAAACACCUUAGUAAUGUCUGAGUCUGAUGCUGAUGAACAACCCUUGAAUAAACAUCAACCCCCAGCGCCAAUUUCGGGCACCGUUAGAAAAAUGAAAAAAGAAGAAGAUGUUAAUUUCAUUGAAGAACUGCAGGAGCCAGCCCGUAAAAGCCGCCGGAUUCAAAUCAAUGAACCACAACAAUCACUACCGUAUGUGCCUCCUCAACGAUUAGUACAUAUCGAUUUCAAAGGAGCGCCGCCCAAGCUGAGUUACCUUCAAAAACUUUUCCCUUUAAUAAAAAGAUUCGGUGGUACUGGUCUUUUGCUCGAAUGGGAAGACAUGUUUCCUUGGAGUGGAAGCCUAUCUCCAAUAGCUGCCGGAAACGCGUAUUCAAAAGCAGAAAUUAGAGAAAUAUUAAAAAUGGCCGCGGUGAAUGGACUGGAAGUAAUCCCGCUAAUACAAACGUUUGGUCACGUGGAGUUUGCAUUGAAACUACCGGAUUUCGCCCACCUGAGAGAAGUCCAAGAGUCACCACAAGCACUUUGCCCAUCGUACAACGCUUCUAUGAAGUUUGUUGAACAAAUGGUCGACCAAAUCCUCGAGAUUCACGGGAAUGUUAACUACUUACAUAUUGGCUGUGACGAAGUGUUCCACAUGGGAGAAUGUUUCAGGUGCAGGGCAAAAGCCAGAGAAGAUUUGUUCUUGUCACAUGUCAAGCAAGUGGCUACGUAUGUACGCACUAAAUCCCCAAAUACGAUUCCUAUUAUAUGGGACGACAUGCUGAGACAUUUACCGGUGGCCACAAUGCAGCUAUACGAUAUUGGGAAAUUAGUGGAGCCGAUGGUGUGGGUGUACGCUGAAGACGUGUAUAGAUUUGUGAUGCAAAGUGUUUGGGAAAAGUAUCAAAUAGUAUUCCCGAAUGCGUGGACAGCUAGUGCUUUCAAAGGGGCAUUUGGAGAAACUCUAUACAUUCCAAACGUUAAGAGACAUUUAGAAAACAAUUUAAAUUGGUUACAAUUGAUGUCCAACGAAAAUAGUCGGUUUACAGGUGGUUUCAAAGGAAUCGUCAUAACUGGUUGGCAGAGGUAUGAUCAUUUUGCUGUCCUAUGCGAGGUCCUACCGUCAUCCAUACCAUCGAUGGUCGUUAAUCUUUUGGCAACUACAAAUGGCUACAUGAACCAGUCGCUGCAAACCGAUUUGAACGAAGGACUCAACUGUGGUAUUUUUGGCCACAACAACGAAUAUGACGGAGAUUUCUUAAACUUAAAUAACGAUCCUCAUCUUUGGGAUCAGUUUUCGAGAUGCACAUUUCCUGGGAAUACAUUUUUCAGGUUGCUGUACAGAUUACACACAAUUGAAAUAGACUAUAAUGAUUUUAUAUUGGUGACCACAAAGAACCGUGGAUGGAUGACUAGCUACAACGUAGAACAUGAGUUUUCAUCUCCACUUCGUGUCGACGAACUCAUGAAUGAUCAUUCUCGUAUAUACCGAUCGCUUUUAUCGAUGGUUAGACCUUUUCAGGAAUCCAUGACUGGGAUCUUUGAUAAAUAUACCAUAUCCGAAUGGAUAGAACAAAGAAUUUAUCCAAUGAUUAAAGAACUGGAAAAAAUACACAAUGAGGCACGUGACUUAAAAGCAAAAAAGACAUGGCCUAAAAGACCACUUCCUAUGUUGAAAGAAUUAUUAAGGAUUGGAGUUACUGAACGUGAACUUUCUACACCAUCCAAUGAAGGAACGUAAAAAUGUUAUAACUUUAAUUUGACUGUGUUUGUUGUGAACUAGGCAUUAAAAAUAAGUCUUGUAGAUAAAACUAAUUAAUUCUACAAGUAUAUACGAGACUUCAAGACAUGGUAUAAGUUGACAAAGUUUCAGGGUUAUGUGUGAACUGCAUUUCAAAAGGGUAUUAUCGUAAUAUAAGUGAUACUUAGUAAAAUGAUUGAUUAAGUUUGUGCCACCAAGUGUUAGGUUUUGGUCUCUAUAGGAUAUGUGCAAUUUAGUAAAACAAUACAAUAUAAUAAUAAUAAAAAAAAAACUACUAUGUAAAUAUAAACUGACCAAAAUGUAUAAAGUUUAAGAAUAAAACAUGCCACAGCUCUGUCUCCAGUUGGCCCUUGGUCAGGGUGCGCAAAACUGGAGCGAGUAGAUGGUCUAGGAAAAUGCUUCGGAAAUUAAAUGAAGAAAUAAUGCUCGGUAUGAGAUUCAAUCCCACAAGACUUUACACAUAUACACUACGUGCAGUGACACCCAAUACCACUGAGUCACUGUCCACGGCGGUCUUAUAAAUUUAAUCACAUUGCACUCCUAUUUGAGUUGAUGCGUGAGUUAUGCGUAUUGCUUUUGAAAAAUGUGACCGUGUCAAACAUAUAACUUUAUUGGUACAAGAACUUACACAAUAAUCUUGUGCCAUGCAACAGUUUUAUCUUACCUAUUAAAUACUUAUUCAAUGAUUAAGUUUAUAAAAAAAAUUUAUUUAAAUUUUAAUUAGGUUAAAUAUUUGUUGAGUAUUUUUUUUUUUUUAAAUUAGCUUGAAUAACUUUUUUUGUGUUACCUUAUUAAACAUUUAAAUUAUUAUAAAUACUUCUGAAUUUUUAACAUUUUACACUUAAAUAAUUAAUUAAUUGUAUUACCUAAUUGUUUUUUUAAGUAGGUACCUAUCGUUAUGUAAUUUUUUUUAAAGUUUUCUGGUUGCUUUAUCAAUUUUUAUAUUUUGUUACCUUAAUAUAUUAUGUGUAAAAAAAACAUUUAAUCUAAACAUGUGUUUUUUUUAUUCAGAGAUUUGUACAUAAUCAUUAGGCUGUGUUUUAUUUAUUUUGUAUUAUUGUUUCUUUUAAAACAAAUAGGGUGUGCGGAAUAUAUUACAUAAUGACUGAAUUUGAACUAGCUAAUCCGUACUUAGAAAUAAUUAGUUAAAUCACAAUUAUUAAAGUUAACUGAAAAAAAAUGUUUUUCAUUGUUAAAAUAAUAAAAAAUAAUUAUUAAAUUAAAAUAACAUGUCCAAAUAGUUUGUAUUCAACACACCCUUCAGUUUUUGUUUUAAGAGUUAAAAAAUCACUAUUUCUGUCAGUUUUACAUUUUUAAGUACCUAUAUUUGACAAUUGUAAAAUAUUUAUUGCUAUUGAAAUUAAAAAUAUUUAUGAAAUAGUUAUUAACUGUAAUAUAUUUAAUGUGAUAAUAAUAAUUAUUAUUUGUUUUUAAAAAUAUUUCUAUGAAUAAAACAUAUAGAAUUAAAAUGGCAUGACAUGUAAUAUGUGUAUACACUUUCUGUUAUGUUUUCAGAAAAAUAUUUUUCAAUUAAUUAUGUUUUAGAUGAUAAGGUCGAUUAUUAUAUUUAGUUAUAAUUAUAUAGCGUAAAAUUGUAUUAUAUAAAAAGCUCUAUUCAGAUUUUGUAAUAUUCAUUAAUUUAUUUAUUAAAAUAUCCACUCAUUUUAAAAUUCAUAACAUUUUAUGUCAAAUAUGUUGAUUUAAAAUUUAAAUAAUGUGACUUAAUAAAAUUAUUUUAUACCACCAAUAUAAUAUUAUAUAUUUACUUAAUAAUACCUAAUAAUUAAAAUAAACUUUAAUUAUGUGUAACUAUUUGUUAUACAUAAUUAUAACUAUAGAAACUUGAUCAUUUUAUUUUUAACAUAUUAAAGUUAUAAAAUUGUUUCAAUUUCAUAAUUGUAAUAUUAAAAUAAUAUAUGUUGAUAUUUAAUAUUGAAUGGUUUACUGUAGAAUUUGAAUUGUAAAUUUAUAUUUACUAAUUAUGUUGGGAAAAUAAUUACGUAAGGAAUUGUGCCACCAGAAAAUAGUGAGUAAAAUGUUGUACCUAAUCUAUGCCACAUACCUACUUAGACUUUGAAUACUUCUAAAAUUCAAAUGGUGUUUAAUAACUUAAAACAUUAUUAAGCUACCUAGCUACAUGUUUAAAUAAUGGUAUUAUAUUUACUAAUAGAAGAAUUAUAAUUUUAUUUUAUUCACUAAUUUCAUCUUAAAGGGCCUGCCUGUGUGUUUUUCAUAAGGGGCAGUAAUUAGGCAAUAUACAUUAUACAAUUUUGUUCUCCCCCCCCCCCCCCCAUGGCAUUUGUGUUAGUCGUCAACGAUGAUUAGUGUAAGUGUGAUUUUAGACCUGUACAAAUAUGCUAUAUUAAUUAUAGUAAAUUUAUUUAUUUUAUUACUUAGUUAAUAUUCUGAGAAUAUAUAAUUUUUGUUUUGAAUACAUAAUAUAAUAUCAUAUUGAAA